AUGUAUGUAGGAAAUCUAGAAUCUCCUAUUGUUGAAUUCAUUAUCUAUCAUAUCUUUCAAAAUAUUCUAUCUAUCUAUCUAUCUAUUUAUGAAUCUUUUGUUCAUAUUAUUAUCUAUCUAUCUACCUAUAACUAUAUAUCUAUCUAUCUAUCUUCUUUUGUUCAUAUAUAUCUAUAUAUAUCUAUCUAUCUAUCUAUCUAUUCUUAUCUAUCUCAAAAUUUAAAAAUUUCAUCCUAUCUAUCUAUCGCAUAUCUAAUUAUCUAUCAUCUAUCUAUCAUUUCCAGAAAUGCCUCGGAAUCUCUUUACAUCUAUCUAUCUAUCUGUCUAUCUAUCUAUCUAACUAUCUAUCUAUCUAUCUAUCUAUGUAAUUUUUUUCUCUUUCAAAGAACGAAUAGUUAUAAAAAGAACAGUUCCACGCAAAUAAAAAUCAAGAAAAAAUCUCUUAAUGUACUUUGUAAUUUGAAUCUAUCUAUCUAUCUAUUUAUAAUCUAUAUAUUCAUAUAUAUCUAUAUAUCUAUCUAUCUAUCUAGUCUCAAAGAACCUAAUCUCUCUCUCUCUCUCUCCCUCUCCACCUCUCUCUCUCCCUCCCCCUCUUUUUCUUUCUCAAAGAAAAAAUCAGAUUCUCUCUCCACCUCUCUGAACUUUCCCUCUCUCUCUCAAAACUCUUUAAUUUCUCAUACAAAAAAAAAAUUCUCAAAAUCUCUCUCCUCGCUCAAACCUCUCUCUCUUAAAUGA